AUGGACACUGUGGAAUCAGAUACCAUACAACCUGACUUCAUUGAAGCCGACGAUGCGCCCUUGAGAGACAACAAUAACUACGGAUCCACUUUUUCCACCUCCCAAAGAGGUACCUUGGAUGAGUCCAUCGCUGCCACUUUCAAAAGAGAUGUACACGAGAUUAACGACAAAUUGAAAAAAGUAGUGUAUCCACACUUCCCACUAGGAGGGCCUACUGCCCAGGACCAACAUGUGUUCCAAGGAACGGACCUCUGGGCACCAUUGUGCUUCAUUAUACUCUACUCGCUUUUCCUUUCCAAAGGACGUGGCAAGUUUUCCACCUUCUUCAUCACUUGCUGGCUCCUGAUCAGCACAAUGGCCACCCAUUUGAAACUUCUCAAUCCUCACGAACCAAUGUCGUGGAUGUCGUACUUGUCGCUAGCCGGAUACUGCGUAUUCCCACAGGUUAUCAACUCGUUGGCAUGCUCGAUUAUCUUUCCCUUGAUCAACGAGAUUCCAAAAGUCUCGCUAGUGAGACUCGUGGUUUUAGCCAGAAUCGCUUCCUUUGCACUAUGCUCGAGCUGGGCCAUCGUAUCCAUGUGCAAAGUCUCCAAUUCGCAGACCUUCGUCAAGAAAUACCCGUUGGCAUUGUGUCUCAUCAUCUUGGGAUGGCUACCGGUCAUCCAGUAG